CCUCACUUCUCACUCUGCAAAUUUAUUCUAGAGAGAGAAACUAACUCCUGUUUUUAGAGAGAGAAAUUCAAUACAGUUUUUAGGAGAGAGAAAGUUUAUUCAGCAAGUCCUUUUUAGCAAGCAGUAGUAGCAGUAAAACUCUAACCUUCUCUUUCAAAAAAGCCAAAACAAAAAACAAAAAAAGGAAAUUUAAAUUUAAUAACCCAGAAAUUUCCUCAUUCGCCCAGAAUUUCUUCACUCCUGAAUCUCUCUCCUUUGCUUAGAUUUCGACAAGAUUGAAUCCGAAAAAUGCAUCGUUUAGUCCCUUUUGUAGUUAUACAGCUGCUACUGUUACUGGGUAUUUUCAGCUUUUCUGGGAAUUCAUCGUUGUUGUUAGAGGAGAGAGAAAGGGAAAGAGGGGUUUUGCUGGAGUUCAAAUCGUUGGUUUCUGAUCCGUCAGGAAUCCUUUCUUCGUGGGUUUUUGGGAAUGAUUCCAGCGAUACCCAUCACUGUUCUUGGGUCGGUGUUGAUUGCGACGCUCAAUUUAGGGUUUCGUCGCUCAAGAUUGUCGGCGGCGGCGGCGGAGGAGGCGGUGAUUCAGGUAAAUUUGAUUAUGAUUUGAAGGAAGUUGUUGAUUGUUUUAAUGUUUCUGAGUUUCCGUUUUAUGGAUUAGGGAUUAGGAGAAUUUGUGAUGCUCGGGUUGGGAAAUUGGGUGGGGGAUUACCGGGUGUGAUUGCUGAAUUGGGUAAACUUAGGGUUUUAUCGCUUCCAUUUCAUGAAUUUAGUGGGGAAAUUCCGGGGGAGAUUUGGGGGUUAGAGAAUUUAGAAGUGCUUGAUCUAGAAGGGAAUUCGUUUUCUGGGAAGUUGCCGGAUUCUAUUAAGGGUUUGAGGAGAUUGAGGGUUUUGAAUUUGGGGUUGAAUAGGAUUGGUGGGCAGAUACCGAAUUCGGUUUCAGGAUUGGUGGGGCUGGAAUUGAUUAAUUUGGCUGCUAAUGAGUUGGAGGGUUCGAUUUCGGUGUUGGUUGGUGGUUUUCCGAGGUUGUGGGGGCUUUAUCUGUCGAAGAAUCGGUUAAAAGGGGAAAUUCAUGAUGUUUGGGGAAGUAAUUGUCGAAAUCUAAAGUAUCUUGAUUUUUCUGGUAAUGCAUUGAAUGGGAAGAUACCGGUUAGCUUGGGGAAUUGUCGGGAGUUACGAGUGCUCUUGUUGUUUUCGAAUAAGUUGCAAGGCGGUAUGCCACGUGAGCUUGGCCAGUUGAGGAAGCUCAACGUGUUCGAUGUUUCAAGGAAUAGCCUUAUUGGUAAUAUCCCAGCUGAGCUUGGCAAUUGUCGUGACCUAUCAGUUCUUGUGUUGUCGAAUAUUGAGGAUCCGGUUUAUGGGGAGUUAGAUGGUGCAUUGAGUCAUAGUGAAAGCAAUAUCUUCCAGGGUUCGAUUCCCAUGGAGAUCACCACAUUGCCGAAACUGAGAAUUCUUUGGGCUCCAAAGGCUGGUAUUGAGGGUGAGAUUUCGCGCAAAUGGGAUAGUUGUGACCGUUUGGAAAUGAUAAAUUUAUCUCAAAAUCUCUUCACUGGCAGAGCAGAUGGUGUCUUUGAUAGAUGCAAGAGCUUAGUUUAUGUUGAUGUUAGCUUAAACAGGUUUUCGGGGAAGCUCAUAGACAAUCAUCAUGAUUCUAGCAUGGACGAGUUAAAUUCUUGGGAUGGCCCUCAAUUCACAUUUAGUGCGUGCAAUUCACCGCCUUCACAAAUUUCAAACUCUCGCCAGUUGAACAAGGGUCCUACUGCAUAUCUUUCAUUCUUUGUCAGUAGAGCUUGCUUGAGAAUCUCGUCUCUCCAGUUGAAGGCCAAGUUUUUUGUGAUCCGCCGAAAUAGGAAUAAUGAAUUCAUUGAUGCUCAUAGGGUGGUAAGGAGAUCUGAAAAUGCUAGGUUACUUUCAGAAAUCAACUCAUCGUUACAUGAAACAGUGCCAGCCACGAGUGCACAGAGCAAUGCUGAGGAUCUGCAGGCUGAUGCUGAUUCUCCAUCAGGAACUGGAUAUGGUAAUGGAAAAAACCAGUUCAACUCAAUAGAGAUUGCAUCCAUUGCAUCUGCAUCUGUUAUUGUUCUUGUUUUGUUGGCACUUGUUGUCCUCUUCAUUUAUACAAGGAAAUGUGCUCCCAGAGAUAGUUCUAGGAUUCAAGUGUAUGAAAGAAGGGAGAUCAGAGUUUUCGCUGACAUUGGGGUCCCAUUGACAUUCCAGAAUAUUGUUAAGGCAACGGACAAUUUUAGUGCAGGCAACUGCAUUGGGUGUGGUGGCUUUGGUGCAACCUACAAGGCCGAGGUAUCUCCAGGAGUGAUUGUGGCUGUAAAGCGGCUUGCUGUUGGAAGAUUUCAUUGCAUUCAACAAUUCGAUGCUGAAGUAAAGACCCUUGGAAGGAUUCGCCACCCUAAUUUGGUUACGCUCAUAGGCUACCAUGCCAGUGAAACAGAGAUGUUCCUCAUUUAUAAUUAUCUCCCCGGAGGUAAUUUGGAAAGGUUCAUCCAAGAAAGAUUGACAAAGUCCAUUAAAUGGAAAGCACUUCACAAGAUUGCAUUGGAUGUGGCCCAUGCAAUCGCAUACUUGCACGAUGAAUGCAAUCCAAGGGUUAUACACAGGGAUGUCAAGCCAAGUAAUAUCUUGUUGGACAACAACUACAAUGCUUACCUUUCUGAUUUUGGCUUAUCAAGGCUGUUGGAGAAUUCUGAAACCCAUGCCACCACUGGUGUUGCUGGGACUUUUGGGUAUUUAGCCCCUGAAUAUGCUAUGACAUGUCGUGUGUCCGAGAAGGCUGAUGUGUACAGCUAUGGUGUUGUUUUGCUAGAAUUGAUCUCAGACAAGAAAGCUUUGGAUCCUUCGUUUUCCUCUCAUGGGAAUGGAUUCAAUAUUGUCUCUUGGGCACAUAUGCUAUUGCGACAGGGUCGAGCAAAAGAGGUCUUCACAGCCGGAAUCUGGGAGACUGGUCCGCAUGAUGAUUUAGUGGAGGUGUUACACCUGGCUGUAAAAUGCACUGUUGAUACACUCUCAAUCAGGCCUACGAUGAAGCAAGUUGUACAACUGUUGAAGCAACUUCGGCCACUUGGCUAGAUUUAUGUAAGUUCCAUAAUAUUUAUGUAUUUUUCACCCAGUUUUGCAUCAGCGAAUUGUUUAUGUAGUGUAUCUUAUGUAUUUUUUUAGUGCCAUUUAAGAGGGGCCUGUUGUGAAUGUUCAUUAGAAUGUAGAUAUUACUAGUCUGUCCCAAUUUAAAAGCUGUUAGGGUACAAUUUGAGAGUAUUGUAACUUGGUUCUUGCAGCAUCUGAAAUGUACAUAUCAAGAGAUGGAUAAAAUUUAUCUGGCAUUUUUUUCCAUGCCUGUAUCUUUACUUCA